AUGAUUAAGCUGAUUUGACUGACUUGGUACAUUUCCCAUGUGGAAUCAACCUUGACAUGCGAUGAAUUUACAAAGUCAUUUGUUUUUUAAUUAGAGAUUAAAUUUCAACAAUCAUAAAUAAACCGUGCUUGAAUUAUUGGUUCGGUAAUCCGUUGUAGUUCUGACUUGUGAGGUAGUGGGAAGUCGGUCGAUCAUGGGACAUAGUUGUUUCCAAUGAACAAAAGUCAAAAUCUGGUAGUAAUCCGUUGUCCCUGAAAAACCUUUGUCGUUGGCCUCCCAUAUGAUCUCCCUCUGUUUCUGCCAGCCGCCUAAUUUGAUUUUUCUGUUAUCCUGUGUUCGAAUUAUCCGCUGUUCAUGUUUCCCAUUUUCCCUUGCCGCCGCCUUUCCCGCGGUUUCCUUCCUCUGUCUUCGAAACUUUUCUCCACCCAAAAUGUCUAUGCUUGCAAUGUCGAAAUUGGGUCCCUGUCUCGCGCUGGGAAGAUGGAGGCCGCCCGCCAACUGUUCGACAAUAUGUCCGAACGAGAUGUCGUUUCAUGGAACGCCAUUAUAACUGGGUAUUGGCAAAAUGGGUGUAUUGAAGAAUCCAAGAAGUUGUUUUGGUCGAUGCCCGAGAGGAAUGUGGUGUCCUGGAACUCGAUGAUUGCUGGGUGUGUGGAGAAUGAGCGGAUUGAUGAGGCGCGCGAGUAUUUUCUGAUGAUGCCCGUGAGAAAUACGGCCUCCUGGAAUGCAAUGAUUUCUGGGUUUGUUCGCUGUGGUUGGGUUGAGGAAGCUUGUAGACUGUUUGAUGAGAUGCCGCGGAGGAAUGUCAUUUCUUAUACGGCAAUGGUGGAUGGAUACGUUAGGAAAGGGGAGAUUGUGCGAGCAAGAGCUUUGUUUGACCGCAUGCCGCGAAAGAAUGCCGUCUCUUGGACUGUGAUGAUAAGUGGACAUGUGGAGAAUGGGAUGUUUGAUGAAGCUAAAGAGCUGUUUGAUCAGAUGCCGGAUAAUCAUGUUACUGCAAUGACAGCUAUGAUUACGGGGUAUUGUAAGGAGGGGAAGAUGGAAGAAGCAAGAAUUUUAUUUGAAGAAAUUCAAUAUCGAGAUCGCGUUGCUUGGAAUGCAAUGAUAACGGGUUAUACGAAUAACGGGAUUGGUGAUGAAGCACUGAAGUUACAGUUACAAAUGCUUAGGAUUGGAAUGCAGCCUGAUCACUUGACCCUUGUUUCUGUACUUACUGCCUGUUCUUGUCUUACAUCACUAAAAGAAGGAAGACAGAUUCAUGUGCUUGUGCUUAAGAAUGGGCUUGAAUCAGUUGUUUCUGUAUGCAAUGCUUUGAUUACUAUGUACAGCAAAUGUGGUGGCAUCCUUGAUUCUGAGUUAGCUUUUGGACAAAUUGAGAGUCCAGACAUAGUUUCGUGGAACACCAUAAUUGCUGCAUUUGCACAGCAUGGGCUUUAUGACAAAGCACUUAGUUUUUUCAACCAGAUGGGAUUGGGUGGCUUUGAGCCGGAUGGAAUAACAUUUCUUAGUAUAUUAUCAGUUUGUGGUCAUGUCGGGAGGGUGGAUGAGAGCUUAAAGUUGUUUGACUCGAUGGUUAGGAAUUAUGGAAUUGUACCUGGGUCUGAGCACUAUGCUUGCAUUGUUGAUAUACUAAGUCGAGCAGGCAAAUUGGAGAAAGCGUACAAGAUAAUCGAAGAGAUGCCAUUUGAGGCAGACUCUGCAGUCUGGGGUGCUCUUUUGUCAGCUUCUCGGGCUUAUCAAAAUGUGGGAUUUGCAGAAAUUGCUGCUAGGAAAAUAGUGGAAUUGGAGCCUCAGAGUUCCGGGGUAUAUGUUAUUUUAUCUAAUCUAUAUGCUGCUGCUGGCAUGUGGAAGGAAGUUACAAGAGUUAGGGGUUUGAUGAAAGAACAAGGAGUUAAAAAGCAACCUGCAUAUAGCUGGACAGAGAUUGAAAAUAAAGUGCACUGUUUCCUUGGAGGAGAUGUUUCUCACCCAGAUAUUGUCCGCAUUUAUUUGGAGCUUAAGUGGAUGAAUUUACAGAUGAAGAACAUCAAUGAUAUUGCAAAAAUUGUUUCAGCAUGGAGCUGCUAUGGUUGAAGUACUUCUUUUUAUGCCGGUGUGUGAAUUAUUAUGGAAGGAAGAAAAAACUUCAAUUGAAGAAGAUUUGGAAGUCUUAAUUCAACUGAACAAAAGCAAUAUUGGGCAGAAGGGAAAAAUAGAAAGGCCUUCCUUGCCAAGUGACUAUAUCGGUUAGAUACUUGAUGCGUAUAGCUAUUGAACUGGGCCAAAAUUGCUUAAAGAAGAAAAGCCUUUCGUGCAAUGCUUUUUGAGUGGCUGAGACUGGCAUCUUGUGGAAAAUUGUAAGAAAAUUAAAGACCUGAGGCGCCCAUUAAUGAGCAUAUGAUGUAAUCAUGCAAGUGAUAUAUUACGAUUUUAAAGGAAAAUAUUAGGUAUGUAUCGGGCUGCA